AUGCUUCUAUGUUUCAAUUUUCAGUUUCCUGUAGCUCUGAGUGUUAAAUCUGAAUUUCCAAGACUAAUUAAAGAACUGAAAAGCAUUUCAUCAGUUGUAGUCGAUGGCUGGUUCUUCGCUUCCACCAACAAUCCUUCUUCAUCUUCCACCAACAAUCCUUCUUCGUCUUCCACCAACAAUCUUUCAGAGAAGAAUGACGUUUUUCUUAGUUUUAGAGGCGAGGACACCCGCAACGGUUUCGUGAGCCAUCUCUAUGCGGCUUUGCGUCGUAGAGAGAUUAAACCUUUCAUUGAUGACCAAAUUGACAAAGGAGAUCAAAUUUCAUCAUUUCUUUUGAAUACCAUUGCAUCAAAGAUUUCAGUCAUCAUUUUCUCAGAAAAUAUGCAUCUUCUAGAUGGUGCCUCCAAGAACUUGAACAAAUCCUUUACUGCAAGAAAUAAAGAGCAGAUUGUUAUACCCAUUUUCUAUCACGUAAUCCAUCGGAUGCCUGAAUCUAAACUUCUAGAAGAAACUGCCGACGAUAUUUUGGAGAAACUAUAUAAAUUUUCUCCAAGAUCAUAUUUUGCUGAAAAUGUUAGGGAAGAGUCAGAGAAAAGUGGGAGAUUAACUCACUUGCAAGAAAAACUUCUUUCCAAAAUAUUAAAGGACAAAGAUCCCAAUUUAGGACUCACCUUCACAAGAGACAGACUUAAAAAAAAGAAGGUUCUCAUUGUUUUUGAUGAUGUAACAUCUUUACAACAGAUAGAAAAUUUGAUUGGAAAUCUUAAUUUGUUGAGCUCAAAAAGUCAAAUUAUCAUAACAACAAGGGAUAAACAAGUGUUGAGAACUUGUGGAGUAGAUGAUGCUUAUAUAUACGAGGUUAAGGGACUAAGUAAGAAGGAAGCUCAUCAACUUUUUAAUCAAUAUGCCUUUGAACAAGGCUCUCCUACUGAAGAUUAUAUUAAGCUAUCAAACCUAGUAGUAGCAUAUUCCAAAGGCGUUCCGUUGGCUCUUAAAGUGUUGGGUUGCCAUUUGUGUUCCAAGGAAAAAGAAUUUUGGGAAAGUACAAUAAAAAAACUGGAAAAAUGUCCUCUUUCGGGUAUUCAUAAGGUAUUAAAAGUUAGUUAUGAUGGACUUGAGAAAGAGGAGAAGGAUUUAUUUUUAGAUAUUGCAUGUUUCUUUAAAGGGGAACAUAGAGAUUCAGUGAUAGAAACUCUAAAUGCUUGUGACAUUUCUGCAAAGCAAGGAAUACAAGUUCUUAUUGAUAAGUGUCUUGUGUUUGUGACAUACAAAAAUGAAAUAACAAUGCAUGAUUUGCUUCAAGAAAUGGGUAGGAAAAUUGCUCGGGAUGAUACUUGCAAAAACAAACGACUAUGGCAUCCUACGGAUAUCAUCGAAGCAUUUAAAAAAAAAAAGGGAAGGGAUGCAGUGCGAAGCAUAAAUUUGGACAUAUCUAAAAUAAGCAAUGCAGGCUUAAAUUUUCAUGUUUUGUCAGAGAUGGAUGACUUAAGAUUCUUCAGAGUAUACAACUCAUACCAUUUAAAUUCUUCAGAUUGUUAUGAAAAUAAGUUGCAUGGUUUUGAAGACCUUGAAUCCUUUCCUAGUGACAUAAUAUUAUUCAGUUGGAAUAAUUAUCCAUUUAAAUCACUGCCAUUAAGUUUUCCUCCAGAGAGCCUUGUUAGACUUGAUAUGCCAAAAAGCAAAGUUAAGCAUUGGAACGGUGUUCAGGAUCUUGUAAAUUUGAAAUCUGUUGAUCUCAGUUACUCCGAACACAUGACAGAGAUUCCAAAUCUCUCAAGAGCCUCAAAUCUUAAGGAAUUGAUUUUACGAGAAUGUUCAGGUUUGCUCAAGAUAGCUCCCUCAUCUAUUCAAAAUCUCAAUGAGCUUGCUAAGCUGGAUCUAAGUGGUUGCAAAAGGCUUAUUAGUCUGCCAGAUGGCAUCUGUAAGUUGAAAUCUCUCGAAUGGCUUUAUCUUAACAAAUGCUCCAAAUUGGAAAGAUUACCUGAUGACUUUGGAGAUUUAAAAGCUUUGGUGUCUCUCGAAGCUAGAAAGACAGCCCUAAAAGAAGCACCAUCAUCCAUUUUACUCUUGCCAGAAUUAUCCGACUUAGCCAUAUCUCAUUAUUAUGAAGAUCAGACACCCCUUAAUUGGGUAUUGAAUUCUUCAUCAGGUUCAAGCUCUUUAAUGGAUCUUUGGUUAUCAAACUGUCAAAUCACCAAAUUACCUGAAUGUCUUGGAGAAUUUUCCUUGCUGGAAUUGUUAGAUCUAAGUGGAAAUAAUUUUGAGAGCAUACCAAACAUCGGAGGGCUUUCUUACUUGUCGACGCUAGACAUAAGUAAUUGUCGGAGACUUCAACUAUUGCCAGAGCUUCCAAUGGGUGUAUCUGUGUGCGCAUCUAAUUGCUUGUCCUUGCAAUCAAUAUCAGAUCCAUCAUUUCUAUUAUUACCUCUUUGGAGACAACGGGCAUCAAUUUUUGUCAAUUGUUUUGAAUUGGAUCUACCUAAAAUUCUUCAUGAGGAAUCUUGUCGAGAAUUUUGUGCUGAUAUCAUUUUCCCUGGAAAUGAAAUUCCUAAGUGGUUUACCUUUCAAAAUACAGGAUCUUAUAUAGCUCUUGAUCAACCACUAGAUUGGCAUAAUAAAAACUUUCUAGGUUUUCUUGCAUCUGUUGUUUUGCCACCAAGUUCGUAUGAGUUUCCUUAUUACGCUGCUAUCUGUUACUGUUUGGUCAAAAGUAAAAAUGGUAAGCAGCAAAUUUAUUCUUCUAACAUUCAAUCUGAUUAUUUCGCCUUCGGUCGAUUUUGUUCAGAAGAUGCCUGGUCAGAUCAUGUAGUAUUAAGCUUUCAUUCUAUAAAUAAAAUGACAUUUAAGAAGUGCGAGGGGGAAUAUCAUGAAAUUUAUUCUGAGAUGAAGUCAUUAAAUUGUAAAGUGCUCAUCAAAUUUAUAGCUAGACACAAAGGAGUGAAAAAGUGUGGGAUUCAAAAGUGUGGGAUUCAUUUCUUGUAUGUUGGAGCUUAUGGAGAACCAUCGGAAACAUCCAGAAGAAGUGUUGACAAUGCUAAAAAGAAAGGGAAAGAGAAAGAUGAACUACAAUCCAAUAAAUUGCAAAUUUCAAAUCCCUUUGAUGGUAUAUGCAGCUUAAGGCCUCAUUUCAUGUCAAAAUCUCCAUAUGACAAUCCUAAUAUUUUUAAAAGUUGUCUAGAAGAACGGUAUUGGAAAUUGAAAAGGAAUGCACUCAGAGAAACUGUGAAAAAUGCUCUGCUAAGUUUUCAGCAAAGUACAACUUUAUGCUCAGAAAUUGAAGAGAUGAACUGUGUGAAUCCAAAAGGUUGUAUGAGUUUCCCAGGAAGUGAAAUUCCAGAGUGGUUUAGCUUUCAAAAUGCUAGCUAUAAUAUAAAACUAUCAUCGGGCUCAUUCCAUGAUGCAAUUGACACAUGCCAUAAUCCAUUUGCUGGUUUGGCUUUCUGCACUGUUGUAGAGUUCCCAGAUUUGCUAGAUUUGGGCCAACCUUUCUUCGUUUAUUGUAUGAUGGAUAUCAAAUAUCUUAAUGAUCCCUACGAGACUUUUGCAAUUGGGUCUAUAAAAGGUUGGUUCGAAGGAGAUAGAACUCACUACAUUAAAUCAGAUCAUGUGUUCUUGGGAUAUGAUUGUGUUAUGUAUAGUGGUGAAACUCGGACAUUAUUUAAUCAUGAGGUUGAGAUCAAUUUCGUAGUUACCACUUAUGAUAUGGUUCCCAUAGAAGGUUGUAAGGUGAAAAAGUGUGGAGUUCAUCUAUUGUGCCCUGAAGAUUACAAAUGGAAGGAUCUAAUAGAUCUUUCAUCUUUAAAGAGAAAGCUAAAACUCAAUGGAAAUGGCCGCUAUAACGAUGAACCACCAUCCGAUGACUUUUCCGCUGCAUGCAAUUGCCAAUUUAAGAGUUCUGCUACUUCUUUGGAUUUGAAUGAAAUGUUGGAUACAACUGAACCGCUCUCCAAGAGAUUGAAAGUAUGCAACUAUAAAAAUAAGGAAAUAGAAGUGGCAGAGUUGAAUCCAAGUAGAAGUCAACCCAUUGGCUUUGCUGAUUCUGAUUCUGAUUUUGAUUUUGAUUCUGAUGAACCGCAACCUAAAAGACUUAAAGAAUCCAAAUUGCUUUGAAUGCGAUUUUCACUUGCUGUAGCAGAAAUUGAUGGUGUGCUUUAUGCUACUGGUGACGGAAGGAUUAUCUGAA